AUGUGUCUUUUACUCAACAUGGCGACCGGCAAAGGACUCGCGAUCGUUUUUCGACCAAAGACUAUUAGUUUAAUCAAUAGUAGUAAUUUAAAUAAAUUGUCAUGUGGUAUCGUACAAAGAUGUAAUACAUGUCAUCGGUCUAUAACAACAGUAACACUGGGUGUCGGCAACUGGAACUCGAAGAAAUCAGAAAAAAAUACAAUAGGGAGUUUUACCCAUACUGAGAGAGGACUACAUACCACAAAUCAGCUUUUAAAACGCAGUUAUUAUGAAGUAUUAGGAGUAUCUAAAAAUGCUUCAGCAAAAGACAUUAAAAAAGCUUAUUACCAAUUGGCUAAAAAGUAUCAUCCUGACACAAAUAAAGGAGAUCCAGAUGCAAGUAGAAAGUUUCAGGAAGUUUCAGAGGCAUAUGAAGUAUUGAGCGAUGAUACUAAAAGAAAAGAAUAUGAUACAUGGGGUACAACUUCUGAACAAAUGGGAAUGGGACAGGCGGGUGGUGGUACCAAAAACUAUGGCCAAAACUGGCAAUUUAGAUCAACCAUUAAUCCAGAAGAGUUAUUUAGGAAAAUAUUUGGCGAAGCUGGUUUUCAAAGUAAUGCUUUCAGUGAUUAUGAAGAUUUUGCAGAGUCAGUAUUUGGUUUUGGUGCAGCUCAAGAGGUUAUUAUGAAUUUAACAUUUGCACAAGCUGCCCGAGGAGUAAAUAAAGAAAUUGAGCUGAAUGUAGUAGAUUCAUGUGUCCAAUGUUCAGGCACCCGAUGUGAACCAGGUACAAAGCCAGUGAAAUGUCAGUAUUGUAAUGGAACAGGAAUGGAAACAAUUACCACCGGUCCUUUUGUAAUGCGCUCUACUUGCCGUUACUGUCAUGGCACCAGAAUGUACAUUAGAUUUCCGUGCUCUGCUUGUCAAGGAAAAGGACAAUCGGUGCAACGUAAAACAAUGACAGUUCCAGUCCCAGCUGGCGUUGAAGAUGGAGAAACAAUUCGAAUGUCUGUGGGUAAUAAAGAAGUAUUUAUAACAUUCCGUGUGGAAAAAUCAAAAUACUUUCGAAGAGACGGUGCAGACGUACAUACGGACGCUGAAAUUUCCUUAUCGCAAGCAAUACUUGGUGGUACAAUAAGAAUACAAGGCAUUUAUGAAGAUCAUACUGUACAAAUUCGGUCUGGAACUUCGUCUCAUACAAAAAUUAGACUUACUGGAAAAGGAUUGAAAAAAGUGAAUGGCACAGGAUAUGGAGAUCACUAUCUACAAAUUAAAAUAACAGUUCCUACAAAAUUGAAUGAUAGGCAAUUGGCAUUACUUCAAACCUAUGCAGAACUGGAAAGUGAUACUCCAGGCAGUAUACAUGGUAUUACGUUCAAGACAGAUGGUACAAAACAAAGUUAUACCGGUCCUUUGAAUUUGGUGGAAAAUAUACGAAUAGCAUUAGGUGAUCAGAAUGAUUCUGAUAAACGGUGUGAAUCCACUAAACCUCAAGAUCCAGGAGAUCAAUCUCAAACUGACAAUAGAAAAGAAAGCAGUACUCCAAAUGAAAACAUUAAUAGCAUGCGAAGACAAAAAGUGUCGUAAUAUGUUAGAUUUUUCAAUUGUUAGAAAAAUAUAUUCGUGCACGCCAGUCGUGAAA